GAGAUUGAGAUCUGAAUCACAGUUGUGUGCAUAAACCAAGAAACCCUAGUGUCACAUAUGUAUGCUUCACCCAUUUCAUUAUGCAUACAACUUAAAUAUCCCCAUUCCUCUCUCUCUCUCCCUCUCUCUCUCUCUCUCUGAUUACAUCUAUUCUUUUUUCUCUUUUGAGUAAUUCCUCUGUGCCUUCAUGCAUCAAACCAUGAGUAAUCAAACGAGGCCUCUGUUAUGGAGUCUCUCUCUUCCCCCUCUUGAAGCAGGGCAUCACGGCUGACCCUUUCCACUCUCUUUUUCCUACAAAAUUUUCUCGAGAAAAAGUAAGGUAGAAAAAACAAGAUUAGGCUCCGUUUCUUUUGUGGGUAAUUUUUUUUGAAGAUAUGGGUAGCGGAGAGAAGAGUCUGUUGAGUUUUAAUCUGCUGCAUCGGGCUCACCACCACCAUAAUCAAGGAGGAGGGAAGACACCGAAAGGGUUUAUUGCGAUAAAGGCGGGCCAUAUGGGAGAAGAACAGCAGAGAUUCGUGGUGCCUGUGAUGUACUUGAAUCACCCGUUGUUCAUGCAUUUGUUGAAAGAGGCAGAGGAAGAAUACGGAUUCGAUCAGAAGGGUACGAUCACCAUCCCUUGCCGCGUGGAGGAGUUCCGCUACGUUCAAGGUUUAAUUGAUAAGGAGCACCACCAACACCACCAUGUUGGUUGUUUUAGGGUUUGAGACUGUGGUGGUUGAAUCUGUAAAUUUUGACAACUUUUAGUCUCAUUUCGUUUAUGUUUUUCCAAGAUAUGCCAAGGUAAUUUUGGCAUGAUUAGGAUGAAGGCGAUAAUAGAAUAUUAGCAAUUAGUUGAG